CGGCGCGGCCGCUUCACUGACGUCAGAACAACUCGCGACGGCGGCCGCGGUUGCUGCGGAGCCGCUCCUGCUGUCCCGCCGAUCCCGGAGUCCCGCUGACUGCCGGUGAGAGCCCGAACCGACUGCCGAUUUUCUGCACGUCCAGCAAAUUCCAGUUUUCAAAUCAUGGAGGGAGAACAGAUUAUGGAGGGACAGCCACAGGUUCCAGAAAAUCCGCAUUCCGAAUACGGUCUCACUGAAAAUGUAGAGAGGAUAGUAGAAAACGAGAAACUAAAUGCAGAGAAAACAUCAAAGCAGAAGGUUGAUCUUCAGUCGUUACCCACACGUGCCUACUUGGAUCAGACAGUUGUACCUAUCUUGCUACAGGGACUUGCUGUUCUUGCAAAAGAGAGACCGCCAAAUCCCAUUGAAUUUCUAGCAGCAUAUCUUUUAAAAAACAAGUCACAAUUUGAAGACCGAAAUUAGCUCCACAAAAAUGAGGACAGUUUGGCUGCUAGACUGAAAUGCUCAUACGCCGCUGUUUGUUUUCUGCUGUAAAAAUCCUUUGGCCACAUUGUUGUCUUUCUUAACUGCACAGUUUGCUUUACCUUUUGAGUUAUUUAAUAAAGAACACUUUACAUUUAA